AUGAUGGCUACUUUUAGAAAGGUGUGCCGAAUACAUGAAGCUCUCCCUGAGGGUGGCAUCCUAGUAUUUGUCAGCGGUCAACAAGAAGUUCGGCAUUUAGUGAAGAAACUCAUCGAUAGAUAUACGAUACAGUAUGACUCUAGCAAAGACGGCCACAUAUAUGUACGAGGUAGUAAGAAGUGGAAAAAGAAACAACUGGAAGAAGCACAGAAUUUGAAACUCGAGGACUUUAGUGAAGAUCGGCACUCAACUUUUUGA